AUGGAAAGGGUAUCUCAGGCUCCGCCUUGCCCUACAACAGAAAGCCACAUUCAUGGACCAAGCACACCCCAGCUGAGGUCUGCGAGCACGUCGUCCGUUUGGCCAAGAGAGGUUACACCCCAUCCCAGAUUGGUGUCCUCCUCAGAGACUCCCACGGAAUCGCUCAGGUCAAAGAACAUCACCGGCUCCAAGAUCCUCCGUAUCUUGAAGGUCAACCGUCUGGCCCCAUCCAUCCCAGAGGACUUGUUCCACUUGAUCAAGAAGGCCGUCACCAUCAACAAGCAUUUGCAGCGUGCCCGCAAGGACUACGACGGAAAGUUCAACCUCCGUCUCGUUGAGUCCCGUAUCCAUCGUCUCUGCCGUCCAUACAGAAAGUCUGGUGUCCUCCCACCAAACUGGAAGUACGAGUCUGCCACCGCCUCCACCCUCGUUGCCUAA